AUGAGGGAGGGUGAAGAUGGGCUACAGCAAGUACAUAUUAUUUAUAACUUCCCUUCGACAGUGAACAUCUUUUCCGGGUACGAGAACAGCAUCGAGAUCAGCCAGUUAUACACAGUGCGAUAUAACUGCGAAUUCAACCUUGCGAUGUUUCCCUUCGAUUCCCAGAUCUGCUCAAUGCACUUUACGCUCGUGUCAGCUGCUGCUUCGUACAUGGUGCUCGUGCCAGGGAAAGCGAUAUACUCGGGCCCAGAAAACUUAAUUGAAUAUACAAUUGGGCGCGUCCACAUGGCAGCCUCGCAGGAGAACGAGUUCGCGACGCUCCGAGUCGACGUGAGGUUCUACCGUCGCUUCGUGUACUACCUCCUCACCCUUUACAUUCCCUCCGCCUUGCUCAUGAUCAUUGCCUACGCCAGCUUGUUCUUCAAUCCGCUUGACUUCAAUUCGCGCAUCGUCGUCGCCCUCACCGCUCUGCUCGUCCUGUCGUCACUCUUCACGCAGACGUCGAACUCCCUCCCCAAGACGUCUUACUUCAAGAUGGUCGACGUGUGGUUCUUCUUCUCCAUUGUCAUCAUCUUCCUGGUUGUUCUUCUGCAGACGCUGAUUGAUUUUUCGGCUGGCAAGAACUGGUUCAUUUGCUUCAAGAAGAAUACGGUUGUAGAGGUGUUGCCAAGGGCUUCGAGCGAGACAAAGCUGCCAACAGAGGAGCGUCCUCUCGGCCGUCCGCUGAGCCCGGGAUACAAUGCCACCAUGCUCAAGUUCGGCCAGAUCAUCCUGCCGAUUAUAUUCCUGGUGUUCAACCUGAUCUACUGGGGGUCGUCUUUGGUCUGGAAAUCAGGAACGAUGUCCAUGUUAAAGGAUCCGUUACCAUUAGAGUGGAGUUGA